CAGUAGUUUUUAAUAUAUCAUAGGGAACGGUUCGUGUUCAUUUUGGCAGUAUAAAACAUUUUUUUUAACCUGUUUUUACAAACGAUGGACUUUGCGACAGUUGAUUCGGUGUAUGAAAAUCUUUUUUCAGCUCAAAAUUUUUUUGCGAUGCACGAGCAGCAGCAGCAAAUAGAUAAACAAAAUUCGAUGAUGGCUAACAGCUCGCUGAUCGAUCUCGAUAUGUUUCGUUAUGAGGAUGGUGGGGGUGAUGCGUGUGGUUCACUCCUAUUAGGGGAGGACUUUUGCGGCACUUUCAAGGACGACACUAUUGGUGGUGUCAACAGCGGUAGCAGCAGCAGCAGCAAUAACGCCACCAAUGGCGAGGAUGAUAAAAAUAUGAAUGGCGGCAACAGCAUUACCACCAUUAAGAAUACCACCGAAGGUGGGUUAAUGGAUUCAACAUCGGCAACAAGCACAACAAAAGUAACUGCAACAGCAGUGGCUGCAAAAACUACUAAUAUGACAUCCUUGCUGGAGUUGCAGGCCCAACAGCAACAGUCGUUGCAGCAGCGGGACAAAGUUAAUGAUGAAGCAGAGAAACCGUUGGAUGCAUUUGAUAUGCAAUCCUCAAUGACGGACAAUCGGGGAGCACCGCUUGGCUGUCUCUGGUCCUCGCAAUUACGCCUGCCACGACCAGCACCAACUAUUCAGAUCGGCGAAGAGAAAUUUGUGCUUCGUACCGAUACUAUAUUCGUAUUAGGCAUGCGCCUAAAUGUAACUAAGAAUGAUAUCAUCGUGUUCUUUGGCAAGAUGGGCCACAUCAAGAUGGACGAGCUGACUUUAAAGCCAAAGAUCUUUGUCUACAAGAACAAGCUAACUGGUCGCUCGAAGGGUGAAGCCACCAUUACAUACACUAGCCCUUAUGCGGCCCAGGCGGCCAUACAUUAUUUAGAUGGCGCCAAGUUCCUGGGCCAAGUCCUGAGUGUUGUUCCGGCUUACCUUUCCACACGACCGGGUAAGAGCGUACGAUUCAGUUACGCCCAGGAUCCGAUUAUCGACCAGCAGCGACGUCAGCGUCAGAAGAAAUGGAAGCCCGCCAUUGACAAUUGGGUCUGUGAGUUGUGCAGGAACAGCAACUUUGUGUGGCGACUCAGCUGCAAUCGCUGUCAGGUUAGCAAGAGCGAGGCCGUAGCCAAUCCUGUCGCUGGGUCAGGCCAAGGCACUUGGCGUCCACGUAAGCGCGAUUGGACUUGCGGCUUUUGCUUCAACGUUAACUUUUGGUAUCGUCAGAAAUGCAAUCGCUGCCGUGCACCCAAAGCAGAGCUGCAAUCGGGCUCAGAAUCAGAUAGGGAUAAGUGGGAGCUGGUCGUCAGCCAGACUUCCGUGGUUUAACUUGACCAAUUAACAAAACUUUAUAGGCACACACCCCUUUAAAUUGAAAGUGAAUAUUGCCAACUUUUUUAAUCUCUUUUGAAAAAUUCUUUCAUACAUUUCAAUAAAUGAAAAGUGGCGUCUUUAAAUGUUUA